AUGAACAUUAAUGCUGGUAUGCAAACUCCUGUAAGGCCAACGUUGUGCUCUGAAAGAAGCGUUCACAUUGAGAAUACAUGUUCUAACAAAAAAAGAUGGUGCAACAAUUCCGCAGGCCGUCGACCUUGUCAGAAUUCUCCCGAAUUGUUAAGGCGGAACGCACAACGAGAAAAACAAAUUUCAUACGGUUUUGUAACUGAAGGGUACUCCAACAUGAUAAAAUUGGUACAGAGUGACCCAUUGUUAAAAAGUGGUGGUAUUCUUCCACUUUCACCGCCUGAUGUGAAUAAGGGCAGUAAGCGUACGUGGGAUGUGUCGCUGCGAAAAUGGCGUCGGGCGUUGCACAUGUUCGACAAUGUUUUUAUAGAAGGUCAAGAUGCAUCGUCAAAUACAUUGGAAUCUGUUAUAGAAGAGCAAAGGCUUCAGUGGGUGAGUCCACUUUUCAUAAAAGAGGCAAAAGAAAAUCGUAUACGCCUUUCGGAGGGAAAAAUACGCGAGGCACAAAACUCAGCAUAUGUUCCAAAGAGACUUCCGGUGGAAGAAAGCUUGAAAAUUAUACUUCGCAGUGAAGAUUGUUACGAACCGGUAACUAAUGUGGUGCCUCCAUCCGCUUCUUCACUUAUAAGAGGGAAUGACAUAUCUCCCCUGGAUGCAGGUAUCAAAAUAUAUCUUGCACCUUCUGCACAUAACCAGCAAAAUGUUACCCCUCAAAAACCUGAAGCAUUAUUUUAUCCGGAUGUGCCUCAGCGUCUCUUCUUUAACGCUGUCACACCAGCUCGUGUUGACACAUCACCGAGCAGCACACAAAAUUUUUCACCGUUGGGUCUAGGUUGUCAGGUCAAUCCUGGAUACAACGCCUCUUUGUUGAAUCCAUCUCCAGAAUUACCUUAUGAUUCUACUCAAGUUGAGUUUGUUGGUAACUCGCAGCAAAAGUUAAUCUUGCGGAGCGGUAGUGCUUUUCAGCCAACGGUGCAUCCAUGGAAUUCUAUUUUUGCCGCCCCUGCAUGUGCCUCUCAAAGUUCGAAUGUGCCCGGCGUUUAUUCAGGUUCGAAUAGACUACGAACACCUGUGACGGUUCCUCGACGGGUUACUCUACUUCGGGGCCGUCAGGAGGAUAGAAAGCUCGGAGAUAGUGAAAUUUUUCGACAAAGCCUUUCUCCGAGCAAUAAUGCGGUAUUUUCUUCCACCAAUACAAAAAUUCAGGGGACUUCCCCAGUUGUGUCAACCGAGAGGAUUGCUGGAAAUACACAAAUAAUUGGAAAUGCCAAUGAGAAUGAGCGUUCAAUCAUAGAUUUGGUUUCUCAGAAAUUGUUUUCUGAGGAAUAA